AUGCUGCUGCUUCUUCCCGAGAGCUGGCGGGCAGUCCUCAAUAAAGAGCAGCAGCAGUGGAUCGGGCGUUCACUGUUCACCAGGGGUCGCACUGGGAGAUCACAACUCACCACAGAGUUGUGUCUGUGGUGGUACCCUCCCCAACCUCGGCUGAUCUACAGUCAGCCACCCGCGUCGCCCGACCCCUUCUUUGCAUGUCUGCUGUUUCUCUGGAUGCCACUGCGCAUGUGGUCAUUCAAGUUGACAUGCACACAGCCUGGGUGUAACACCACUCUCACCAAGGCUGGGCUUUACAAGACCAUCCAGAGGGUGUUGGAUGUGAAGGGCUGGUACUUAAUGGCCACAGAGUACCUGGAGUGCCCUACUUGUAAAAAGAAGGUGGCGGGCUGGUCCCAGGACGUCUUGGGUCAGCUGGAUCCUGCGCAUCGCUGCCAGUUUCCAGCGAUUCUGACCUACAAGCUUUCCUGUGACCUUGCGAUUGUAGUCAUGCUGAGGGAGCACUCUUUGGGGAAUAGUGCGACCCAGCUCUACAAAAAGCUGUGUGAGAGCCACAGCGAAGCCUGGAUGCGACGGUCCAUUCAGUACCUCAGCGAGUGCCGGCACUUUAUGACCUCUGGCAGUAUCCGGCCACAAUUUCCGCCGCUCCCGGAAAUGCCAAAGGUCCCCUCGCCGGUCUGGCUGCUCACCGUCUACAGCAUGGACGUACUGUCACGGCUGGACGAGUUGAAGGCCAGGGUCACGUCUGUCUUUGGGUUGAUCUUAAAGAUGGACUCUACAAAGAAGGUGACCAAAAAACUCGCUGGGGCUGCUUCGGACACAGCCGCCUGGGCCACGGACGUGGGCAAUGAGCACGGGCAGGUCCUGAACUGUGUUCUUACCGCCGGUGAGGGUGAAGGACUGCUCCGUAUGGCGGCUGGGCUUGUGGAGCGGUACAGACUCGCAGGCGUACCACCCCCCGUGCUCAUGUACGUGGACCGAGACUGUUGCUCGAGUGUCGGCGGAUCCAAGACUGCUGCCAUGUUUCCCCAGUGGGCCCAGAUGGUGGUUCGCCUUGACAUCUGGCACCUGAUGCGGCGGUUCGCAGCAGGUGUUGUGUCAGAGAGCCACCAGCUGUACGGGGCCUUCAUUCGGCAGCUGUCCUCCAGCAUUUUUGAAUGGGAUGCGGUGGAUGUCCGUCGACUGCUGGAGGCCAAGCGGUCCGAGCUGGAGGGGAGGCGCGGGAUGGUCGGUCUCACUGACAGGGAGGUCUACAGCCACCUCAGGAGGAAGGAAAUGGCCCUUCACUGCCGCCGCCGCACGCGUGGAGCUGCGGAGACGGAGCUCCUCCUGAUAGAGAUGUUGGAGAACUUCAACGGUGAGAAGGGGCACGACACCCUGGGCAUCCCGCUGCUGGAUCCCGUUCGCAUCCGGGCAAUCUGGCAAGAGCAGAGGCGUCACCUCGAGUGUAUACAGGACCCUCCGAGUGUACAGCUGUACACCCAGACUGGCACUAUCACCAAGGGCGGAGUGAUUCUGCCAGUGUAUCGCUGCGCGCGCGGCUCCACUUCUCUGGAGUCUUUUCACCUCCAUCUCAACCGGUUCAUUCCAGGGACUAGUGCCAGUGGAAUGCACUUCCAGGCCUUCCUCCUGGAUGGGCUGGUGAGGUGGAAUGAGAACCGCGCCGCAGCAGCAAAGGAGGGAGAGAAGCAACCUCUGCUUUGUUACAGUGGCCACCUGCAGCACUUCCUCAACCACCUCAGCCAAUGUGUGCUUGGCUCAGGGCAGGUUGAGGACUUUACAAAGCCUGGCGUAUACACAGGGGAACUCAUUGGGGUGGAGUACCUUUAUGCCCAGACCAACAAAGUGCUGCAGGCUGUCAGCUUGGACCCCGACACUCCAGAUGAGGCUGAUGCUGUCGUCGGACCCCUGGAGGAUGAGGGCUUUGAGGAGGAGACGGAGGAUGACGACCCGACCAUCCACCUCCCCGAUCCUGCUCUUCCGUCCUCAGACGAUCGAGCUGACGCACCCGGGUCUGUGUCAUCCGGUCCAGCCACCCCCACCCGUGGCCAUCAGAAUUCCCCUCCCUCUAAGUUCUCACCAGGCUCUGAUGAGGAAUGCCAAGGCCCAGAUGGCCAGCCGGGAUACCAGCACGUCUGCAGGCUGGCAAAGGCUUUGUUAGAGGUGAGCGGCCUUCAGGGGCUGUCGGAUCGAAGGGUAGACACUCUGAUAGGGCUGUGGCAUGCACUACCGGAGCCUGACAAGGAGAGAGUUAAUUACCCUUCCCGGUACCAGGACAGGAUCGAGCGGGGGCGGUUCAAGUCAACAAAGGGGAAGUCCUUAGCCGGAAAAGCUGGAAAGGACAGCCUCGAACGUUGCUUUCUGGGACUGAACUCUGGUCCUGCAAAUUGGCCGGGCGCAAGUCGCCUGGUGGAGGCCAUAUGCAGCCAGCUCUGUCGUCUCCACCCAAGUGGCACGCAGUCCGGCGGCACCAAGACGAGCAGGUGGGCGCUCAUCUUGGCGGACUACGUGUCAAUCAGAGAGGCAGUGCUGGACAGCCCGAGGUUGAUGGCCCAGACCAACAUCCAGCUCUACGAGCAAAGUCAAAGGACCAUCUCACAAUGGUACAAUCGACGACAGAAGGAGAGGGAGAAGAACAUCCUGGAGCAGGGUGUGGUAUUCCACCGUGUGCCGUGCGUUGCUGCCGAGCCUCUCUCUGCACCCAGGCCUUCAAUCAUCUCCCGGCCACCUCCAGAACUACGGCCCUUUGUUUUUACAGGGCCAAAGGACCUUUCACGCCAGGCCACCCAACGAGGAAGGCCCGCCCAGGUGCCUUCUCUUCCAGCCCCGCAGCUACUUACCACCCCUCCCCAGCAGCAGCCCUGCUUUCUCCCAGGCUCCUCCCCGGACCCUCCACACCUUACACCAAUACCCCCACCACGGACCGUGCCACGGUCAACAGCUUUCCGGAGGAGGAAAAAAGCUGAGGCGGAAGCCGCGGCUGGGGUGUCAGGGUGUCCUGUGAAGAAGAGAAAGCAGGGGGACUACAAAUGUAGUAAGUGCGGACAACCGAAGAGGCUAGAGACUGGUCACAGCCAAUAUGGGUCCGUAUCUUUCUGCUCUGCCACUGGGGGGAAGACUGUUGAACAGUGGCUGGCAGAGAUGAGAGACACUCACGGUCGAGGUGAUAAAGGACACUGAGCCACUCGUUGGGUGGUUGUGGACGUUUCUUUUUGUAAAUAGUUCACAUAGUUCACAUUGUUCCCCUCUACCAAGACCGAGACCUUGAAGCGGUGUAGAGGCUUGCGCGUGUCGAUGACCCUCAGAGUGUAUGACUUCUGGACCCUUAUGACAAACCAUUCUGAGGUGAGAUACCAGACUAACGUCGGUC